UGUCCCCGUCUCAGAUCUCGGCCAAGCUGGAGCCGCUGGGCUCGGAGCAGCGGCAGCGAGCGGCCAUGGCCGGGCCCCGACCCCCCUCGGGCUGCACCAUCUUCCUCGGCUUCACCUCCAACCUCGUCAGCUCCGGCGUCAGGGAGAGCAUCCGAUACCUCGUACAGCACGGCAUGGUGGACGUGCUGGUGACCACGGCCGGGGGGGUGGAGGAGGAUCUCAUCAAGUGCCUGGCGCCCACCUUCAUCGGGGACUUCCACCUGCGGGGCCGGGAGCUGCGGGAGAACGGCAUCAACAGGAUCGGGAACCUGCUGGUGCCCAAUGACAAUUACUGCAAGUUCGAGGAUUGGCUGAUGCCCAUCCUGGAGCGGAUGGUGGACGAGCAGGACACGCAGGGCGUGCGGUGGACGCCGUCCCGGAUGAUCGCCCGGCUGGGCAAGGAGAUCAACAACCCCGAAUCCAUCUGUUACUGGGCCCAGAAGAACAAGAUCCCGGUGCUGAGCCCGGCGCUCACCGAUGGCUCCCUGGGGGACAUGAUCUUCUUCCACUCCUACAAACGCCCGGGGCUCGUGCUGGACAUCGUGGAGGACCUGCGCCUCAUCAACACCCAGGCCAUCUUUGCACACAAGACCGGGAUGAUCAUCCUGGGCGGGGGCCUGGUCAAGCACCACAUCGCCAACGCCAACCUGAUGCGCAACGGCGCCGAUUUCUCCGUCUACGUCAACACGGCGCAGGAGUUCGACGGCUCCGACUCGGGUGCGCGGCCGGACGAGGCCGUGUCCUGGGGCAAGAUCCGCGUGGACGCCACCCCCGUCAAGGUCUACGCUGACGCCUCGCUCGUGUUCCCGCUGCUCGUGGCCGAGACGUUCGCACGGAGCGCCGACGCCUUCCCGGUGCCCGCGGGGACCCCCGAGGCCUGAGGGACCCCCAGUGCCUGCAGGGACCCCCGUGCCUGCAGGGACCCCCGAGGCCUGAGGGACCCUCGGUGUCUGUGGGGACCCCUGGUGCCUGUGGUGACCCCCAAGGCCUGAGGGACCCCCGGUGUCCAUGGAGACCCCCAGUGCCUGCAGGGACCCCCGAGGCCUGAGGGACCCCCAGUGCCCAUUGGGACCCCCAAGGCCUGAGGGACCCCCGAGACCUGAGGGACCCCCGAGGUCUGAGGGACCCUCGGUGCCUGUGGGGACCCCCAGUUCCCACAGGGACCCCCAAGGCCUGAGGGACCCCUGAUGCCCGCAUGGACCCCCAAGGCCUGAAAGACUCCCAGUGCCUGCAGGGACCCCCAAUGCCCAUGGGGACCCCCGAGGCCUGAGGGACCCCCAGUGCCUGUGGGGACCCCUGAUGCCCACAUUGACCCCCAAGGCCUGAGGGACCCAGUUCCCACAGGGACCCCCAAGGCCUGAGGGACCCCCAGGCUCAGGUCUGGGUGUGCUGAGCCCCCCUCAGCUCCCACAGCAUGGGGGGCACUGGGGCGAGUCCCUCUGGGGGGGCCAGGGGCCCCCUACACCUGCACCCCCCUGUCUGUGUGUGCCCCCUCCCCAGUGCUUGCAUUUAUUUAUUCCAGCACCUAAUAAAGCACAGCAGGGUCUCCUC